AGCAGAGAUUUGCACAGCGCUUUUUGCGGUCGCACUAGGGACAACAGACCUCACACACAGCGCGCGUACACAAGUCACAGUGAGACGCGCAAACGAAAAAGAAAAAUCUCUUUGUUGGCUUUAUUAAUCCCCACAGCCUUCAACAGGCUCAUGGAGAGCGGAACCCUGCUUGUCCGCACCAGGGGCAGGUUUAUCGGAUGCCUUUCACCACAGCAGCGCCGUUUCUUUUCCAUUCAGGAUUAAUUGGUUGACCAAUGGCUCCAAAACAUGUGCUCCUCUCCAACAGCGGCAGCAGUCACCCCGGGGUUGGAGGGGUAAGAAAUAAAGGAGACCCCCGCGCUUCCUCCCCGAACGCAUGGAUCCUGAAUGCGGGGAUGGUGGCCGUUUGUUCGCCGAGUAACGGGAAGAGGACGCGUGCGCCGUUUGGGAUGCUGGCCCGGUGUUUUGUGACCAUCAGCGCGGUGCUGAUGCUGAUGCUGCAGAGCACCUUGGCCGCUGACGUUAACAGAGGUCACCAUGAGUCACUGAGACGUGCUGUCUUGCCUUUGGACCCCACAGUGCCCUCCAACUUAUCCGCCAACCCCAGGACUGGAGAGAGAGUUGGGGCAAACAACAAAGUUGCUCGACCCAGACCUGGAGCUGGACAUAAAGCCGGACCCAGAGCUGAACCCAGAGCCUGGCCUGAGGGUAAAGUGUUUGCUGAAACAGAAGCAGGAGUCCAUGCCGGGACAGUUGAUGAAGUCCUUGCUGAGACUGGAAAUAUGAUGGGAACCAGCACCUGGGCUGAAAUAAGGGCUGAAUGGAGUCCAGUGGAUGUAGAAGAGGAUGACCUGCCAAGCAUGCCCAAGGACCCAGCUGCCUGGAUGGGGCAGCACAGGCUGGAGACGCAAGAAAAGAGCCAAAGAGAGCAGGCAACCAUCUCAUCAGUCCCCACCAUACUGGCAGAGAGAGCAGAGCUGCAGGCACUAGCAUUAAAAAAACCUUUAGGACUGCUGUCUAAAGCUGCUUGGACCACCAAAAGCUCCUCUUCAUCGUCAUCCAAGGCCUCCUCCUCAUCCUCCUCCUCAUAUACAACAAAAGCAUCCUCUUUGCCUUCUUCCACCUCUUCCUCCCCCUCUCCAGGCAGUAAAAGAGACAGUCAGACAACAAGAUCAGACGUCUCUCUGAAUGUUGUCAACAGUAACUCCUCCAACAGCAAUAGCAGCUCAAGUUUGGAAGAGUCAGUGAGCAGCCUGCCAGCCUGGGAUCUCCCCACUGUCCACGAGUCACUCCUGUCCACAGUGGGCGACCACGACGUCACACUUCUUGCCAACAUCACCAGCCCUUUCUCCACCCAUCAAUGGAACACCACCAUGCCUUCGCGCACCAGAAACACCUCACAGCUCACAACCACCUUAAGCCCCACCAUAAACCCAUCUCUAUCACCCACCACCUCAACUUUACGGCUAUUCACUACAGCAAAACCACAAACACCAUCAGGGUCCACUACGGUUUCUCACACCACAAAGCAGGACACUGUGACCAAUGACAGCCUUCCACUGACUACAGUAACUGCAAAAACGCCCUCAAUGACCACUCUUUCUGUGACCGCCGCUGAGAUGAUGACACAGGUGGUGACCACUGGGAGCACUGUAACUGUAUCACCAUAUACCACAGCUGCUACCACCACACAGCAAACAACAAGCCUCAAACCGACAACAGUGUCUACAACUCAGCCUACAACCACCACUACAACCACACUUGCCACUACUACGACCCCCCCUACCACCACCACUACUCCUCCCCAAACCACCAUCGCCACCACUACUUUUCCCCCAACCACUACUACAACUACUACACCUGCAACUACCACUACUGCCACCACCACUUCUACUACCACUACAACAACAAAGGUACAUGCCACCACUUUGUUCAUCCCGAUGACGUCACCUCCUACAACGACCACUGAACCUCUGUCCAGUACAAGUGCAGAGGAAAGUCCUCUACCAUGCAAUGUGACCGAGAAGUACUGGGUCAGAACAGUUCUGUCCAUUGAGCUGCGUAGGAACCGGCUGGAUCUGAUCCUGAAACAGAACCUCUCUAAAGGACUGAGCCAUGCCCUGCAAAGAGCCCUGAAUGACUCCACAGCCUACGCACAGGUGGAACACAAUGAAAGCAACCCCCACAACGUGACGCUGAGUUACUACGUGACUAGCGGCAAAACUGUCUACAUUACCUCCUUGGUGGUUGAGGCACUGCAUAUUUACGGUUUUGACAAGCUCCUCUCGGACAUCAGGCAGCACACCCCGUUGGUUAAGGCAGUUCUGGUUCCUGUGGCAACCUGGGUGCCCGCUCCAAGCAUUCACCUGCAGCUAAAAACAGUGUUGAGAUUCGUCGGCCCAACAGAUAACAUCUACUCCUGCAGUUUUGUCCAGAUUUUGGAGCAGAGGCUAGAAAACGCCUUCGACGAGGCUCAAGACAAAGUGCUGGAGACCUACAACAAGCUCACUGUGGAGAUGCAAAGUGUGUCCCAGGACCCAGGCUCUCCAUCAGUCUCACUGGUGUAUGUGGUGAAGAACCAGGGUGCCAUUCUCAACGGGACGAUCUCCAGCGGCCUUCUCAACCAGCUGACCGCAGAGCUGGUUGGAUACUUUCUGUUCUACCCACCCAUGGUCAUUGCUGAGCCCCUUGAAUACCAUAAUCUCAACACGUCAAUGGCAACCAAGAAAUAUUGGGUGAUAACAGUGAUCCAAGAUGUGGACAGCUCCUCCCUGGAGGCCAACUACCAGAGCUUUGCAAACCUGAUGGAGCAGCGGCUGGCUGAGCUCUUCCUGGUGGCCGGCAGGCAGGGCCCUCGGACCGCACGAUCUCGGCGGGCCACCACUGUAGGGAGCUACACUGUACAGAUGGUGAGCAUGCGUCGACUGCCUGGUCCAAAGAACCCAGCAGAGAUGACCUAUUUUGCCCAGCUGAAUGGAGCACCCAUCACUGGCACCACCGCUGCCAAGACCCUUAGCAGUCUGGACUCGCAGACCAUGGCUUUGACACUGGGAUACUUUGUGCAAGUGCAAGCUGAAUCUGUGGUAAAGACGCCGCCCAGCAACCUGUGGAUCAUGGCUGUUCUAACACCACUCUUCCUGUUGAUGGUGGUGAUCGGUAUGGUGUCCUUCAUUCUGUGUAAGAGGAACAGGGUCAUCUUUAAAGCUGGCGCCUUCAGGACCUUCAAAACCCGCUCCAAGACGUCGUAUCGAAAGGAGGGCAGCAACCACCACCAGCCUGUCCAGGGCUUUGACUACGCCAAGAAGCACAUGGGUCGAACGGGUGAUAAGGCUAUCUCCGUUGCCAAAGAGACGCUGGUGCUGGGGCUGCCUGUUCGAGAUCCUCCACUUUCACUGUCAUUGGAUAAGAAGGUCCAUCAGGAUGGGACCGCCAGCAAGAUGCCUCCAUCUGCUGACAUACACAAAGGAGGCCUGUUGCCAAGCGAGGAGGACGGCUCUGUGUCAAGUAAGGGCUCCGGGAAGCUGAACACCAGCAAGACCUCCUCAGCCCGAAGGACGGCGACCAGCAGCAGCAGCAAGAACGGCAAGGAGGAGCUUCACAAGAGGAGCCCCAAUGACCAAUACGAAGACCAUGCAGGCUCUCUGCGUCUAAUCACCAUUAAACCCAUGACUGCUCAGCCAACAUACUCCUAUCCCUCCUCCUCAUCCCACAGCCAAGACUCUGUGGUCCUCAAUGUGGAGGCAAACCACGGUGGGCUGAAACAAAAGUCUGACAUUGAGCACUACAGGAACAAACUGCGGCAGAAGGCCCGGAGGAAGGGCUACGGAGAGUUCUCUCUGUCUGAGGGUGGCGGCCAUGGUUACAGUCACCAUGAACCCAGGCACAGUCGGCACGACAACGGGGUCAAGGAGCCAAUGACUGCUGAGGAAAAGAGGGCAUCGUUUGCAGGAUGUCAUAAGAGGUACUCCCACCCACGGGAGCCCACCUACUGGAGCCGGCAGUCUCUGAGCAGCCCAAGCCCAGUAGAGACGGAGAUGGACCUACUGGUGCUGAGAGAAAGAUCCAGGAGAGGCAUCCGGAACAACGGCUAUGAUGGCGAACCAGAACCGUUUGAGGAGACCAAUGUGGAUCGUUUGAUGAGCUCUCUGGGUUACGGCGGUGGCACAGGGAAUGGCAGCCUUGGGGUGAAAGCUCACCGUGGCUCCGACUCCUCCACACUCAGCUCUCAGCCUUCCAUUGAUGAGGUCCGCACGCAGAUGCAUAUGUUGCUUGGCAACGCUUUCAGCCUGGCACCUCCAGACCAUGCCCCCCCUUCUCCUCCAACCAAGCGCCACUACCAUCACUACCAUCAUGCCCACAGAGCCUUUAACCCGUCCCACACCAGCCACUACAGUGAUGGGGUGACCAGCGCCCCAGGAACCAUGAACCAUCCCUGUGGAGGCAGGCAGAGGAGUGCAGGCUAUGAGGACAUGCACCAGUGUAGUUUGCCCAAACCGGGUUUUCGUUUCACCCAACUUCCUGAUAUGGGCAUCGGGUCUCCCCCGCCACUUAUCCCCUCAAGACCAGGACCACCACUUGGAACCUCAUUACGACGUUCCACCCCUGAUGUUAGUCUGAAGCCCCGUGUACCAGAGGCCUCAGACCUGCAGGCUCAGCAGCACAACGGUGCCCCGUACUUACCGCUGUCCAGGACCCCCUUCCCUGCUGUCACUGUCGACCAGUCCAUCAGCACCUACUCAGGAAACCCAAUAACAGCAGUCUACGCUAUAUCUGCCAACCGCCCUGGUUACUCAGACUACUUUGUCAUGUCACCGCCGUCUUCAUACCGUAGCCCAUCCUGGAUGUCCUACCCACCUGAGCCUGAAGACCUGCCACGCCAUUGGAAUGACACACCAAACUCACGUCAUCUUGAAACCAUCUGUUAAAGUCAUCUACCUGUGACACUGAGUGGGAACAGCCGAUAGCUUGGUGUCUCUUUGGAUGGGCAGAAGAUCUCCCUCUCACUGAAAACUCCCUGGAGCUAUUUUAUCCCUCCUUCAAUUUGGCAAGGAUUUCCUCCUGUCUUAUUUAUUCAUCACAGGUGGACACGCCUCCACUACUACCUAAUCCCCACCUCCUCUACUCUCUGCUGGGUUGGCCUCCUUGUAUCCUCUCUCAGCCCGCUUCAUCUGCUGCUCAUAGUGUUUCUCAUGCUCCAAAACUCCUAUGUCCCAUAAGCCCCUUCACCUGGUCAAAGCUCUGCUUCAAUCUCCUUACCAAUGUAAAUGUUCAGCCAUAAUUCUCUAUCUUUUUGAAUGUGCUCUGAACCCCUGGCCUCACUGACCGUAAAAGGCACCUCUGGGCCCCUAGUCACUAUCUCUUUAUACACUGCCUCCUCUGUGGUAUCCACCAUUGUACAGCAAGAGGCCCCUCACACUGCUGAACUGAACUGAGCUAAGCUACGUGAAGCUGUACUGUGCUUCCUAGUUUAAUAACACAUGUGCAGUAUGGAUGAACAGGGUGAGUACAUUUUAACUAGUUCUCUCCCCCAGCAGUCAUCGCACAGUAGCUGCAUCUGCAAAGCACACAAUGAAGCAGAUGAUAGAAAGAAAGAAUGAUAGUGCCCCAGCCGUGGCCAGUAGUUUACUCCUCUCAACUGGACUGGGCCAUCCUGGACUUGUCCCUAAUUUCCACCAUAAAACCAGGAUACCUGGACUGACUAAAACCUGUACUUUUUUUGAUGAAUCCACAUUCCUACUAUAAGUAAACAUUAUACAGCUGGUUAAUAUGUGUAUUUUAAACUUAAGUGAGAAAACAAAUCUAAGGAAGAAGAGAGAAAAAAAUCUGGUUGUGAGCUGUCUCAAUUUCAGUUUUUGAAUAUUUGUGUGCUUUUGUCUUUUACUUUUGUGCAUUGAUUAUAAUCAAUGGAUUACUGUACUAAAAAAACGUAAUUGAGUGUUUCUCUUUCACUCACAGUAUGUUAAGUAAAAAAAAAUUACAUUUUUAAAAACAGAAAUCGGCGGCUUAGUUGUCUAUGGUAAUAAUGUCAUUACUGUACUUUAAAAAAAUGAUUACUUUGUUUACUCUUUUACUUCAUCAGAUUCAGUAAUGGAAACAGGAAUUAGUCACUUUGUUUUGUUGAUCAUAUAAUUAUGACGUUUGUGUCUGCUAAUCAUUAGCAGACCUGGAUCAACUAUUCUAAGUUCUGCAUUUUGUAGCUUUGCAGCCGCUGUAGGAUUUGUUUGACUUAUCACAAAAGAUAAAAAUAUUUACUACA